AUGCAAGAGGAUUGGUACAGGCUCGACGAAUACCUCAGUGGCGUGCUGCAGCAUUCUUUGCAAGGAACGGUUGAGCGCAAGCUAACCUUGAUGGGAAACAGCAUAUACGGGGAGUGCAGAGAGAGGUUUGGAGGGUGUACGACCAAACAAACCAUAGCCCCAAGACAGAAAGGACGGAGGGAGAGACACACCGAGUUGCUCAUAUCAGACAGGCGUCACCUGAGGAAGAGGUGGAGGAAAGCAGCCCCAGAGGAAAAAGAAGGCCUCAAGCUGUUAUGGGAUGACCUUAAGCAGAGGCUGGCCAAGCUACGCCAGGCAGAACGGAUCAGGAGGCGGAGGAAACGGAAGGAGAAGGAAAGGAAUAAUUUCUUCAAAGACCCUUUCAAGGUUGCCCGUCAGCUGCUGGAUGAGAAGCGGAGCGGCAAGCUGGCCAUCACUAAAGAGAAUCUGGAACAUUAUAUCAAGGGCCAGUAUACGGAUGCAGCUAAAGAUACACCACUUGGCUCACCAGGUUAUGUGCCACGCCCAGAUCCCCCAAGGACCCCUUUCGACACCUCCCCACCCAGGCUGUGUGAGAUUAGAGAGGUCCUCAAAAAGGCCAGAUCAGCCUCAGCACCAGGUCCAAAUGGGCUCCCAUACAAGGUGUACAAGAACUGCCCACAAGUGACGAAGAUCUUGUGGAAGCUCAUGCAGGUUGUGUGGAAGAACCAAUCCAUUCCAGCUGAGUGGCAAGAGGCAGUUGGAAUCUUCAUUCCUAAGGAGCGGAAUUCCAUGACCAUUAAUCAGUUCAGGAGCAUUGCCUUGCUGAACGUGGAAGGGAAACUGUUCUUCUCAGUUUUGGCAAGAAAGAUGACCAGCUUCCUCAGCAGCAACCACUACAUCGACUGUAGUUGUCAAAAGGCUGGGCUCUCAGGUUUUCCAGGAUGUAUUGAACACACAUCCGUGAUCUGGGAGCAGAUACAACGUGCCAAAAGAGAGAAGAGCAAACUUCAUGUGGUGUGGCUUGACUUGGCGAACGCUUAUGGUUCAGUACCACAUAAGCUGGUUGAGUUUGCAUUGGAAUUCUUCCACAUUCCAACGUGUGUAAUUACUAUCAUAGCCAAGUAUUUUAACAACCUGUGCAUGUGUUUCUCUCUCGAUGGCCGUAUGACUGGAUGGCAGCAGUUGGAGGUCGGUAUUGCCAUGGGCUGCUCAAUAUCCCCUAUCCUGUUUGUGGCAGCAUUUGAAGUCAUCCUCAUCGGAGCAAGACAGAUGGCCAGAGGGUUGAGAUUACCUUCAGGAGGAAGACUCCCGGCGCUGAGAGGGUACAUGGAUGAUGUGACAACCAUCUUACAGACAGCUCCAUGUACAGCCCGGUUCCUCAAGCGCCUUGACGAGCUGAUACAAUGGACUAGGAUGAAGAUUAAGCCCGCAAAGUCUAGGAGCCUUUCAAUCAGGAAAGGGGUGAGGGACGACAGGAUGGUGUUCACAGCAGGAGGGGAGAAGAUACCAUUGUUGAAAGAGCAACCCGUCCGAAGUCUUGGAAGGGAGUAUACGUCAGAGCUCUCCGACAGACAGAUGGGGAAGUUGGUGCAGAAGCAGCUGAGAGAGGGGCUCGCAAAAAUCGACAGCAGCCAGCUUCCGGGGAAACCGAAGGUAUGGUGUUACCAAUUCACACUCGACAGCAGCCAGCUUCCCGGGAAACUGAAGCUAUGGUGUUACCAAUUCACACUUUUCCAGCGUGUGAUGUGGCCUCUGAAGGUGUCCGAAAUACCGUCAUCCCUGGCUAGCAGGAUGGACACCAUCUCCAACACCUACAUCAGGAAGUGGUUGGGCCUCCCGCACUGA